AUUAAUAGAACAGGCACUACGCGCCAAGCUUAGAGGUGUUGCUACUUAUCUAAGAGAUGAACUGUAGGGAGUAUUCUUUCUCCUUCGCCUUACAAUAUCCAGAAGUCCCAGAAAUUGUCUCAGCUCUGUUUCAUACUAUUCUACUACACAGGACCUUACCAACACUUGAUUUUAAAGGAGGAGCGGUUAGUUACAAUUCGUAUCUUGGAAUUCGAGAUGUUGAUUGUAAACACGUUGACUUGACGUAUGUGUGUGUAAAUUCUAGUCAACUUAUAGAGAAAGUAUCUUCUGCGGUGUCAGUGUUUGCCGAAACUUUGCGACGUGAUAGCUAUUCAACUAAUAUUAAUGGUGAAGUCCGCGGUGCAAUUAACCUUGAAUUUGUGGUUAAUAGAAAAGGAGGUUGGUUAGGACCAGAGGCUUCAGUUUGGGAACGUUGGAUUGUAAAUGUCUGUUUAAAGACUAUUAAUGCAAAUGAAAAAGAAGCCUAUCGUUGUCAGCUUAGCAGUCAACUGAGAGAUGAAUUAUGCACAAUUCUUGAAUACUUCAAUUCGCCUUCAGCAUAUGCUCCAUCACUGGGUAGUUCACAGGCGGAAACAGAGCAUAUUAUUGACUUUUCAAUGUCUGGAAUAUCACCUUACCGUUUCAAUAUAACCCAUCUUACUACAACAUCAGGUCAGAAUCGUUCCGGUGUGAGUGUCACUAUGAGGCGGAUAUUUAAAGAUGUUAGACUUUAAAUAGAGUAAAUUUGUCAAGGCUCAUUGUUUUUCUAUCAGUUUUAACUAAGCCAUAAUGCACCAAAGGGGGAUUUUAUGUGCUUAUUUUAAUAUGCAUUUGUAUGUAUGCUAUCAUCAUGUAGAGUUGUGCGCCUGCUAACUUUCAGUGACAUUUUUUUCUUAAUAUUCUCCUUUAUAUUAUGAGAUAUAAUAUAUAAUUCUUAUUAUCAUUGAAUUGUACAUGCAUAUAUAAGAUACAUACAUAAUUCUUCUUUGACCUUAAAAGUGUUAUGCUGUGAUACAUUAUGGGAAACGAUGCAUGAUCUAUAUAUGUCCAAACCAAGUUCACUGAGACCGAGCACUUCGGUCCAA